CGCAAACRAUGACGAAGGACGACGAAAUGCGAAGAGUACAAAAAUUAGUAUGCUCCUCAUAACGUUUGCAUUCGUCCUUUCCUUGCCACGAUGCUGUUGUUCACCCUAUCCAUUUGCUAGACAUCAUUGCAUGAAGAACAAGUGAGAUCAAGAGGAUUCACAUCUUCAAAAAGUCGCAUCUUCAAAAAGUCGUUGGACGCGGGAGUGAAAAUGACUUCGUCAUCUUCUCCACGCGAAACUAUUCAGAUUUCUUUGGGGACUUCCGCCAAUGCCAUCACAGCACAUUUGUUGAAUCUUCAGGGACUCGCAUCAACAUCUUCAUCUUCCGACCAUGUCUUCUGCGACGCAGUUACCACUCACUAUGUUCAAGGUAGYGGUUUGGGAGGGGGAGGCACUCUGGUCCCUCGUGUUUUGUUGAUAGACCAGGCGACCCAUCAAGUUCCAGCCUCAAUGACAACGGCAACUGAAGGGGCAGCGACAAAUGCUUCUUCGCUUUCCRUGAAUCUAGCAGAUGCCUAUCUUACAAACCUCCAUACGGAUUCGUUUUGGAAUGGUCAGAUUCAAGUUCUCGGCAAUGRCACUAUGGCGUUCAGCACGGGUCAUCAAGCACUAGAUCCAUCUCAAAGCACCUCGCCGUUGCUGAAGGCAGCUUCUUCCAUGGCAUAUUCUUCACACUCUAGAUAUUACAUGGAUAGAGGCAACAACUAUCCUGAUCGUCAAUAUCGCACAGACCCAAGCAAUUCAAGACAUGUCGUUUGGGAUGACGAUGAAGAGUACGAUGAAGAGGAUCCCUACGAGCGCCUUCAGCGUGAACAGCAAAACGAACGGCGCUGGAGAACACAAACUUCGUUGGCCCUUGGACAAGAAUUGAACAAUCUUAUGGCAGAAAAUUUCCAAGAGGAACGAAACGAAGUGCCCUUAGAAUCGGGUCAAUCAUCAGCACAGCGAUUCUGUUUCAAUCACUGGACAGAUAUAUGGAUGCCUCCUCGUGACGAAAAGUCUAAAGUGAUUCUUCCUUUCUCGUCGCAGUCGCAGCUUGUCCCCCAUUGGAACGUAACAUAUCAAUGCAACGGUGAUAGCUGUGGUAACAGUGUGCCUUUUUUGCGAGAGUGGAAAGAAGACGUAUUAUUUGAAAAUGUGCGGCACAUGCUAGAAGCUUGUGAUCACGGGAUACAGGGCGUUUCGAUCGCUACCGAAGGUCACGGCAUUUAUGCAUCUCUGGCAACAUACCUUCUAGAUGAACUAAAACAAGAAUGCAAGAGCGCCGGUCGCUUAAUCUAUCACGUUACAGGUGAUGGAAAAGAAAGCGAAAAUGAAACUACUUCUAGCAGGAAAAAUCCAAGAAGUGAYGACGACGUCAGWUUUUCCGCUCCGUCUUCGCGCUCAUGGCAAGAGGCGCAAGUAGAUCGGAUUCGACAACAGAUCUGUCUYGGCUUGGUCUUAAAUGACUUCACCGAGAAGGCACAUGCUGUUUUGCCUCUUCAAUUGCCGGGGGAUUGUUAUACMGGUACCAGUGGGUCCUCUUCGCUGUCGUGGUUCCGGUCCACUGCUCGGGUUGCAAUGGCMUUGGAAGCUAGCACACUUCCAUUCCGUCUGAAUGAGAACAAUACCAAUUCGGUAGGGGGGUGUCUUCCGGCGCACCGAAUCGGCCUACAAAACGCUCCAUUCCUAGCGUCGCACGGAAGCUCUGAUUCGUCGUGGGGGACUACUGCCUCGCGCCUUACCUUCUCCGAAUUCCUUCAGGUUUUGCAGCCCUCGAGUUCACACUCAAUGUUAGAACUGGAUGUUCUUACACAACACAUGGGGAACCAAGAGUUGUACAAUCUAAUUCAGGAGGGGACCAGUGUCCAACGGGAUCAGCGCAUGAGACAAAGCCGUGGGCAUAGCUAUCGAACACGUCCACGGGAUGUAUCUCCAGGCGCUUGGAUGCAAAACAGAAGCAGAGGUCUUCUUUCCUMUCUUUCGCWCCCCAGUUCCGACAAGAACUCGCACCUGAAUCUAGACCGAACUUUGCACCAUCACUUUGCCCUGAGCACAUCGGUUCGACCGAUUCUGUCGUUGCCUUCUGACAAAACCGAGGGGAUCUCGAUGUCGAAUUAUCUUACCUGUUUAGUACAAGGCAUGGGUAUCCAGUACCGACCAGAAAGAUCAAUGGCCACCGUCCUGAAUCAAUCUCUUGGACAGUUGACUUUUGGUGACGAUGGCGGCGGGAGAAACUACGGAGCAGGCAUCUAUUGGAAGUAUGUUGUCCCCCAUGUUGAAACACCCGUUCUUGCCGUUUUGGGAAAUACAACGAGGUCCUUCGCACAACUUAAUCGGACGGCAAACGACAUGAAAGCAGCAAUGAGAACUCCCCGUUUCCGUGGUUUCUACAAUCGUGACGUCUCGAAUGGAGUUCUUCCUGAGAUGGAAGAUUGCGACGAAGCUCUGGAGGCGUGCUUCAAUAAACGUGAUGUGUAUCAGCCACCGUCAGGCUCGGGACUAGACUUUGACGAAGAUUACUGAUUUCGCUUGUAAAGGUAAGAACUUACAUUUCCGUUUUYGUUGAACCACAAAAUAAUGCAAAUCGACGACGGUUGCCUUUGGCUMAGUCACCUGAUCGGUCGCAAUUCAUUUUCAGUGACGAUAGCUCCGUCGGGCGGACAGAAGAUGUCGUGUUGAUUCGACGCUAAGUGUACUUUUUAGAUAUCUGAGAAAAUGAAUUUGCAAUCGAAUGGGUACCCGAAUCGAACAAUCCGGAUCCUGGUUUGUUUCUUUGUGGUUUCUGGCCAUGAAUGCUCUUUUUUCCAAGUGACGUUACAAUUAUUAUUUAUCUACAUUCUCUGAUAUGCCAGUGACGAUAAACAAUAUUCGCUUUACCUGGCUGAUGGAAYAAGAGCUGUUCAUGGCACACAAAAAUAUCUAGCAACCAUCCGAUGCGUUUACUCACUCGGUGUUUGUCCUGUUGAAUAAUGCUCCCCCUUGCUCCACGAAUCGGCCAUUCCUUCGAACCACAGCGACGACUCUCGUUGUUACCGACAUCAAUUAAAGAAAUUUAAAAAAAUCUUAAUAUUAUAUUUUACCUCGUGAACUAGAAGAGGCACUAAGAUGGCCAGAACCAUAGCUUUUGUUGGAAAAUAUGCUUCUAGCUGCUCCGAGGGGCGGCAUCAAUUAAAGAAAUAGUAACAAA